CUCGGAGAAAAUGUAAGGUGGCAGCUGGCCGCGGCUUACAGUGUAAAUUGCCCUCGCUCCCAUCCCUCACAAAGAGGAUCGCAAAUCGCAAUUUUGCAUAAAAAGUAAAGGAAUCCUCACCUAGGAUUCCAGGCACUUCUCUUAAAGGGACCGAGGCGCCCGUCGGUAGCGGCUCUACACUUACUGCGCCUGCGUAAGCGCAAAGCCCCGCCCUCUCUCCCCACUGCCUUCGGGUGACGUAGAGCGCGCGCGCUGGGAGGCGGGGCUCGCGUGCGCAUGCGCCCUUGUUGCACCAGCCCGGGGCCGCGCUAGCCGCUGGAACCGGUGUUCGCCGGGCUGUAGCUGGGGCCUCGGGCCGGGCGCCCCGCAACUUGAGAAAACGAGGCGGAGCCCAGUGAGUCUGCCGCCCGGACCGUGGCCAUGAAGCUGGUGAGGAAGGACAUUGAGAAGGACAACGCGGGCCAGGUGACCCUGGUCCCCGAGGAGCCCGAGGACAUGUGGCACACCUACAACCUGGUGCAGGUGGGCGACAGCCUGCGCGCCUCCACCAUCCGCAAGGUGCAGACCGAGUCGGCCACGGGCAGCGUGGGCAGCAGCCGCGUGCGCACCACCCUCACCCUGUGCGUGGAGGCCAUCGACUUCGACUCGCAGGCCUGCCAGCUGCGGGUCAAGGGCACCAACAUCCAGGAGAACGAGUAUGUCAAGAUGGGAGCCUAUCACACCAUCGAGCUGGAGCCCAACCGCCAGUUCACCCUGGCCAAGAAGCAGUGGGACAGCGUGGUGCUGGAGCGCAUCGAGCAGGCCUGCGACCCGGCCUGGAGCGCCGACGUGGCGGCCGUGGUCAUGCAGGAGGGCCUCGCCCACAUCUGCCUGGUCACCCCCAGCAUGACCCUGACCCGGGCCAAGGUGGAGGUGACCAUCCCCCGCAAACGGAGAGGCAACUGCGCGCAGCACGACCGCGCCUUGGAGCGCUUCUACGAGCAGGUGGUGCAGGCCAUGCAGCGCCACGUCCACUUCGAGGUGGUCAAGUGCAUCCUGGUGGCCAGCCCGGGCUUCGUCAGGGAGCAGUUCUGCGACUACAUGUUUCAGCAGGCGGUGAAGACGGACAACAAGGUGCUCCUGGAAAACCGCUCCAAGUUUCUGCAGGUCCAUGCCUCCUCGGGACACAAGUACUCCCUGAAAGAAGCUCUCUGUGACCCCACUGUAGCCAGCCGACUUUCAGAUACUAAAGCUGCUGGAGAAGUAAAAGCCUUGGAUGACUUCUAUAAAAUGUUGCAGCAUGAACCAGAUCGAGCCUUUUAUGGACUCAAGCAAGUGGAGAAGGCCAAUGAGGCCCUGGCCAUUGACACACUGCUCAUCAGCGAUGAGCUCUUCAGGCAUCAAGAUGUAGCCAUGCGGAGUCGGUACGUGCGGCUAGUGGACAGUGUGAAGGAGAAUGCAGGCACUGUGAGAAUAUUCUCUAGUCUUCAUGUGUCCGGGGAGCAGCUCAGCCAAUUGACUGGAGUAGCUGCCAUUCUCCGGUUCCCUGUCCCUGAACUCUCCGACCAAGAGGAUGAUUCCAGUUCUGAAGAAGAUGAAUGACGGGGACUUUUAACUGAGACAGCCUUGUGUCUCUCUCCUUCACUGUUGACAUUAUCUCACACAUCCUUCUGACAGAAAGUUUGAGAGUGGCAUUUUGGGGUUGCUCAUGUGUUUGUCUAUGCUCGGUAUUUUGUGGUUGAUGGAUUAUGCAUUCAAGCUAAAAAAUAAAAGGAACUAAGCUGUAUGUACU